GUCAAUCAAAACGAACGGUGUAGAUCAACGAUUGCAAAACAAAUCGAAAGAACGAGGGUUAGGGCAAUUAUUCCUAUUGCUGAAACGUAAUCGAUCAAAAAUCAAUCGAUCACAGAUCAAUCUGCAUGAAUUAUCAGAUGGAGAUGGACUACGUCACUCAGUUCCCUCAUAAUCAUAUGGAUCGUCGUCCAAGAAAAAGGCCCAGGUUUGCUUGGGAUAUCCCUCAAGCUCACACAAAGGCUCAAUCAGGAUUGUAUUAUGGCCACGAGGUUGGAAAUGGAACAAGCAUUGGAACAUCAAGAGUACUUCCAGACAAUGCCAGUCUAUUUGUAAAGGGAUUGACUCAAAAAGGCUCCCCCCCAUGGCGAGAUGAUGACAAAGAUGGACAUUACAUGUUUGCUCUCGGGGAGAAUUUAACCUCUCGCUACAAGAUCCAGAGAAAAAUUGGUGAAGGAACUUUCGGUCAGGUUUUGGAAUGCUGGGAUAGGGAAGCAAGGGAGGUGGUUGCCAUAAAGGUUGUUCGAAGCACAAAGAAAUACCGCGAAGCAGCAAUGUUGGAAAUUGACAUGCUCCACUUGCUUGGAAAGUAUGACAGAAAUGGCAGUCGUUGUGUCCAAAUACGAAACUGGUUUGAUUAUCGUAACCAUAUCUGUAUUGUAUUUGAGAUGCUUGGACCAAGCUUGUAUGAUUUUCUUCGGAAAAAUAAUUAUCGCCCAUUUCCGGUUGAUCUUGUCCGUGAGCUUGGCAGACAACUCUUGGAAUGUGUAGCAUUCAUGCAUGAUUUGCGCCUAAUCCAUACAGACUUGAAACCAGAGAACAUACUUUUCGUGUCUCCGGAAUAUGUAAAAAUACCAGACUACAAGGUUCCAUCAAUCUCACCCACCGAGGGAACCUAUUUUAAGAGGUUACCAAAGUCUAGUGCUAUUAAGGUUAUUGAUUUUGGUAGCACAGCUUAUGGGCACCAUGAACACAACUAUAUUGUCUCAACCAGGCACUACCGUGCACCUGAGGUUAUUCUAGGGUUUGGAUGGAGUUAUCCAUGUGACAUAUGGAGUGUUGGUUGUAUCUUGGUGGAACUUUGCUCGGGAGAAGCAUUAUUUCAGACGCAUGAGAAUUUAGAGCAUUUGGCCAUGAUGGAGAGGGUUUUAGGACCAUUGCCUCAGAACAUGUUGAAAAGAGCAGAUCGACAUGCAGAGAAGUAUGUGAGAAGGGGUAGGUUGGACUGGCCAGAUGGUGCAACCUCUCGGGAAAGCAUCAAAGCUGUUAUGAAGCUACCUCGUCUUCAGAAUCUCGUAAUGCAGCACGUUGAUCACUCCGCUGGUGAUAUCAUUGAUCUCUUGCAAGGUCUUCUUAGAUAUGAUCCCUCCAGCAGACUGACAGCUCAUGAAGCCCUUAGGCACCCCUUCUUUACAAGGGAUCAUUACAGGAGAUUUUAAAGGGAGGGGUUUGAUGUUUGCUUAUUGUGGGACAUUUAUUUGGUCAUUUGAUAACGCGUUAAAACUGGCUGGCCCGGAUUCUGGUUCUUUUUUUUUUUUUUUUUUUUUUU